GAAUAUGUGUGUUGCAGAUUUCCCGCAAGCUCGGAGCGGCCGUUGUCAGCAACCUAAGUGUUAAUUCCUGCGACCGCUUCCUCCCCCUCUUGGCUCUCUCUUGUUCCUUUCUCUCUCUCUUUCUCUCUCUCUCCUAUCAGGUUGAAGCUGGAGAUGUGAAUGUGUGGUCGCUGUGCAUGCUGGGCUCCCAUUGCAGACAUACACAGAGACAGAUAGACACACAGAGAGAAAGAGAAGGAGAGAGAGAGCGCUCCAUGGAGGGAGGCAGAGAUGCUGCGUUGUCUUGAGGGCUGGCUCUGACUGAGCCGCCCCACACAUACACACACACUCUCUCUCUCUCUGCUCCCUCCCCUCCUCCUCCUCCUCCUCCUCUCAGGUCAGUUUCACUCUGGUUACUUUCAGCGACGUUGUAACCAACGCAUCACAGCCCUGGCCACGCCGGGAGAGUGCAGUUUGAUAAUCUUUCUCCUGUAUUCCCCUCCGCCCAAGAGGAAGAGAAAGAAAAUAAAAGCCGGACUCUGGAGGUGCGGUGUAAGCAUUUGCUAGCAAGUUGUGUGUGUAUUUUUCUUUUGGGGGGGGUGGGUGGGGGGGGAGGGGGAAGAGAGAGAGAGAGAGAGAGAAGCCAGCCUCCCCCUGCAUCUCCUCAGUGAGAUGGUAACCCAUGAAGCCCACUGUCAGGAACAUGGUUGAAAGGACCAACAAAUUCAUUCUGAUUAUUGCUGGCUCCGCAAUUUUCAUGAUCAUCAUCUUCCAGUACGUGUGCCCGGGAACUAACUGCAGGAUCUCGGCGCCCCGGGGUUUCCAACACGACCAGGAGGCGGUGGAUAUCUUCCCGACGCCCGACCCCCAUUACCUGAGGAAGUACUACUUCCCGGCGCUGGACCUGGACCGCACGGUGGAUUUUGACAUCAAGGGCGACGACGUGAUCGUCUUCCUGCACAUCCAGAAAACCGGCGGCACCACCUUCGGCCGGCACCUGGUGCAGAACGUCAAGCUGGAGGUGCCCUGCGAGUGCCGCGCCGGCCAGAAGAAGUGCACUUGUUACCGACCGAACCGCAGGGAGACCUGGCUCUUCUCGAGGUUCUCCACCGGCUGGAGCUGCGGCUUACACGCCGACUGGACCGAGCUCACCAACUGUGUGCCCGGAGUGCUGAACAAGAGGGAAAGCAAGAGCAGAACUCCCAGGAAAUUCUAUUACAUCACAAUGUUACGAGAUCCUGUCUCACGCUACCUUAGUGAAUGGAGGCAUGUCCAACGAGGGGCUACAUGGAAGACCUCACUGCACAUGUGUGAUGGGAGGACACCAACGCCUGAGGAGCUGCCACCUUGCUACGAGGGCAAUGAUUGGUCAGGCUGCACACUUCAACAGUUCAUGGACUGCCCAUUUAACCUGGCUAAUAACCGGCAGGUGAGAAUGCUUGCAGAUCUCAGCCUAGUGGGCUGCUACAACAUGUCCUUCAUUCCUGAGAAAAAGAGAGCCCAGAUGCUUUUGGAAAGCGCCAAGAAGAACCUCAAAGAUAUGGCUUUCUUUGGUUUGACUGAAUUCCAAAGGAAAACACAAUACUUGUUUGAGCGGACUUUUAACUUACAGUUCAUUAAGCCCUUCAUACAGUUCAACAGUACCCGCGCAUCGGGUGUGGAGACCGAUAAUGAGACGAUCCACAGGAUUGAGGAACUUAACGACCUAGACGUGCAGCUGUAUGACUAUGCAAAAGACCUUUUCCAACAGCGGUUCCAGUACAAGAGGCAACUAGAAAGAAUGGAACGACGGAUACGGAAUCAGAAGGAGCAGCAACAACAGAAGAUCCCUGAGGAACUGCCCAAAGAGGAAAUGGAAGAACAGGGACGCAUACCCACAGAGGAUUACAUGAGCCAUAUUGAGAAAUGGUAGCCGUGGUGGACUACCACGUAUCUCAUGUUCUGAAAAUAAUGAUGAAUGAACUUUUGGUCUUCUAGAUCGUAAUGGAUCUCGGAGGUUGAAAGAGUUUUUUUUAAUGUCUAUAAUUUUAAAAAAGAAUCUGUAAAACAGAGAUGUUUGCUUCAGGGCAGUAUGGGUCUUUCUAGACCACCCAGGUGCACAAGGGAUCUGGACGCAGAACUAAGCCAGGAUACUACAGCUGGCCAAUCAUGUGAUGUAAGUCAUGAUUUUGUGACCCGGCACAGUUGAUGUCUGUGGAGCUAUUAGCAAUGGAUAAUGAAAUUUUCAACACCAUUUAUGGCACCUGGAUACACAUCCUGCAAUGAGAAAUGGAUGUGUUUGAAUUAGCUCAGUGACUGGUGCCAUUUAAUUCUCAACAUGAAUAUGCAGUGUGUUCGUUUUUGGAUGGUUUCAUGGAUUUUGAAAAUUUUAAAAUUCAGGUUUGAAAUUUUGUACAGCCACUGGCCAAUUGAACCACUGAGUAAAAGCAUUCCCAAUCUAGUCCAAUUCCAGUCAUUCCCACUUGAGGCUAAUCCAAUCCUUUUAUUCUCUUCCUUUUGCUUUCCUGUAGGACUUGACCUCCUUUCCUAGUGUAGGGUUCCAUACAGUAUCUCCUCCAGUAUCUUGUCCGAAUGAUCGUUACUCAAGGAUGAUCCUUGAUGUGAAUCAGGCGGAUUAUCUAACUGCGGAGGGGACAUAUUAGCCAACCCUGAUCCAGUCCUCAGUCGAUACCUGCAUUGCCAUCUCUGUAUAUUAAGCAAGAAUGGGAAACCUGCCCAUUUCUUUUCCCCUUUCUUAAACCUGAGGUGUCGGGGCCAAUUAUAGGGCCCAAUCUGCUGCCUUAGGUGAGCUCGCCAAACUCAGCACUGUCUAGGGAUGGAACCUUUGGACCUUCUUGAUGUGCAUGGCUUAGAGGUGCUGACAACAUCCCUGAGCCAAGUUCAAUUCUCAGUGGUCAAGAUAAAAGCUCUGUGUUUAUAAUUAAUACCAUGUUGCAAUUGUACACAUAUUCAUCUCAUCUGAGCCUGUUGUUCCUAAUACUUAGUGUGUUGAGCCAAUUUGUAUGGAAAGUUUAACAAAAGAUUGUUUGUUUUCUCAGUCACCUCAAUUCUACACAGGAUUGGGAAUCCCCUUAAUAUUCAUUUUGAUUGUUCUGAAUUUUUAAAAAAAUUGAAUAUUAUACCUGCACACCUGUAACUUUCUCAGCCAUUAUGUGAUAGUUCAGAUAGGUCCUAUCAACAAGGCAAAAAAGGUUAUUGUAGGGUCAUGAAUCUUUUCAUUAUGUUAUUCAGUAUCAUGUUGUAGCCAUCCAUUUCAUGUUGUUUAUGCCAGGCUGAAAGCAUUUUGAAUUGUGUAACAUUUCCUAAAACACAGUCGACAACCUCAUGGUACAUCUUUGUGAGCACCAGACAAUUUUAGAUUAAUUUGAAAUCUUGUGGUGCUGACUAUCUUAUUCUCUAACCCCAAUCUAAUGGUAUUACAUACCAGCCAUUUUGUUGUAGAUCCUGGGAAGGUGAGCUGGUACACUAUCCGACUAGAACAUCAAAAUCUCUUUUUCAGUCAGGACCUUCACUUGACUAUUCUCAAACUUGACGCCUUAAAAUCUGGCAUUCUGCGUCACAAAAUGAAAAUACCAAUCAAACUUUCUUCAGAAUCCAAGACCAGAUCUGACUGAUUGCAGAAAAUUGAGGAAUGUAAUCUUUGUUAAGCUAACUAUUUUACUUAUGAUAAAGCCAUAACACAUUUUAUGGUUGUACCAUCUGAAGGAGUAGUCAUCAUAUUUUCUUCUCCCCCUCAUCUCUUGGGUAACACAAGAUCUUGGAUAAUUUCUAAGAAUCAAUUUCAAUAAAGACCACCCAAAUUGAAAGAGGUGAAUAAGCUUAUUUUGCUGUCUGCCACUACAUCCUCCAAAAUAUAUCAUCACAGAGCCUCUCAAACAGUAUACACCCUUCCUUCCUUUCUUCAGAGAAUAUUUAAAUGAGUCAAAAUGAAGUGUGAUUACCAUCUGUCCCCGAACUGUUAUGACUUCCUUUGGUCCAAAUAUGACUGUCAUUAGAGAUGUAAAAUAUUCCAAACUUGGAUGAUAAGUUAUUUGUUAUUUUCAAGAACCAGUGAAUUAAUUGAAUAGGUUAAUUCUAAGCGAUAACAAGUGACAGCCUAUUUCUCUCUGGAAAUUUCAAAUGCAAUCAACUUGUCAUACGGUCUCCAUUUAUAAAUGCAAAAUCUGUGUAAUCUGGAUAAAAAGAGACUGCUGCCUUUGAUUUCAUAAUUUACCUUUGUUCUAUUGCCGUUUAUGUGAAAAGGCUACACUCAUUCUCCUGUACCCCACACCCACCCCACCCCACCCCAUCCUCAGUCCAGCAAUGUUGGACAUACAGUAUUUAGGAGCUGCUCAGGAUUUUGUUUUUUUCCGUCAUGCUUUUUCAACCGCCUCAGCUAAUUUCUUUGCCUGGGUGUGUCUGGUUUCAAUAGAUGCAGUAACGUUUUAGGAGCCAAGCCAGGCUAGUUUAUGUUUAAAUUGCUGCAAAGCCAUAUGUGGUGUCUCCCUGGUUACUGCAAAUGAAGGAGCCAGUGGCAAUUCAGUGCAAUUUUAUUCUCCCCCCCCCCCCCCCCCGCCACUCCCCCCAGACACCAAAUUUGAGCUUUUUAAAGGGAUGGUAUCUACUUGGUAGCGAAUCCUUGGGCAGGCUUUGUUUCUGGAACAGUUUCAGGUUUCAUAUGUUACUGUUAGAUUAAAUCAAAGACAAAUAACUUUUAGUGGCAGAUGCGAUUGGUAAUGCAGCUGUGUAAUUGUACUCCCAACAGACCUGCCAGCUGUCGCUCAUCGGGAGUGACGGGCUUUCGUUUCGGGUAAAAAUUUUAACAUGUUUUGAUAUAUGUCAUGGAGAAAUAAAUGGAUAAAAUAAAUGAAUAUGUUUAAAUGGCGUUGCCGUCUAUGUUACUGCUAUCAAACAUAAAUUGCACUCCUAACAUUUUCCCCAGUGCUGACAGUUCUCGUCGCUAGUUCUGUCAGUGCAGUCGUUUGUAUGUAAAUAUUUUAUAAUGACACUUCUUUUUCUUCCAGUUUUUCCUACUUUGCUUGGGGGUCACCACAAUGCUGAUUGAUCACCUUCUCUAAUUCCUGUCAGUCACCCAUUCCUUUGCUCUUCCCACCACAUCUUUCCAUCUGGUCUUAGGCCUUCCUCUUCUCCAUCUUUCAUAUCAUCAUUCCAUAAUUCACCAAGCCACAUAAAAUCAGUAAAGUCUUUUUUUAUGACAGUGUCGUCUUGAUCGCCAUGGCUUAAGUUCCAAAGUACUCUUUAUGUCUCCAUUCAUCUCAGAAGACUUGUCACAAACCUUUGUUAAGAGGUAAUGAAAUUUUCUCCUUAAUAAAACUUCCCUGCCUGACAAUAGAAUUCAACCACUUGCCCAACACAACCACUGUGGUAGCAGUAUCACCAGAUACCACCCUAACGUGAACCAACACUAUUCCCCUGCAUUCCCCACCUGCCAUCACUUCUCUAGUACCUUCUCCUUUGAACAUCUCACAUUUUCCACCCUCCUUAACUUUCAAUCAAAAUGUUUGUCCUGUACACUCUUCCAAGUCUUUUUAUUUAAAAGAGUUAUCAUACAACUUCACUGCUUUCCUCCUCUGCCUCUGUUCUGAACAGCUUAUCAUCCUCCUGUUAUUUUAGCCUUCAUCUCAACUCAUCAUAUUCUCUCUCUACUCUGAGUUCACUUUCUACUUAUCCUUCAUAGAUCUCUCCCUCCGUGUAAACUCCCUGACCCAUAAUUACUGCCAUCCACUUGAGUUACAAUCUCAUAUCAGGUUUCUAGUCCCAUUGUGACAAGUAUAACUAAUGUUAUUGCUGAUCACUUCCUUGUAUCACUCUAGACCCACACCCCCUUUCCACACUGUUAUGAUCCGAUCUGAUGUUAUUAUAGGACAAGUCACAUCCUAGACUGAAAUCUUGUCUUGAAAUGUCAUAUUUUGUUUUUUGUACUCUUCCACUGAAAUACAAGUGCUGCAGAAGGUAAUUAAACAAAAGGAAAGAAUAUCUGCAUAUAACACAAGAUUAAGAUUUGAAACUCAUGGUAAAAUCCCAUUAAUCCUAACAGCAGUCCUUUGUUGUAUGCAUACCAGAGAUAAAAUUUCCUUCUCUAUCAAACAACAGAUGCAUUAAUUCCUGGUCUAGAGAAUCUGAUAGCCUCUUUCUUAAACCUCUCGAAAGCAAGGCACAGGUUCUGACAGGUUCAUAUAAUGUCUUCAGCAUGUUAACCAAACACUUCUGGUCUGGAACGUUGUACCUUGAGGUAAUCAAUUUCUUAACAAUGUUAAACAACCUAUUAUUUAAGAGCAACUGUUUUACUUAUCCAAAUACAACCAAGACAUUUGCAAACUUUCAAACUGAAACCCAAAAGUAUUUCUUUUGAUUUCCUGAAUCAAAAGAAAAAACAUCAGUUUCUGACCUUCUAGACUGAAACCAUGUACUUUAUUUGCUCCUAAAUUCUCUCAAUAGAAACAAAUAAUCAUGAAAAACCAUGAAUUCUUUCUCUAAUACUGUGUUUUAAGAGAAAUCAUUGAACACCAUAGCUACAGAAAUACUCAAAUGUUUCAAUAAACCCCUUCAGACAGACAGACUAAAACCCAGAUGCCACUAUGUCAAAUCCAACUCGAAAAUAAAUGAUAUUAAAAUAUGUAAAUCUCACACCUUCCAUCACAAGUUCCAAAUUUGUAUCUAUCUGACGCUAGAAAACAAACUAUUCCCCAUAUCACUUAUAACCACACUUUCAAAAUGCCAGCUUUCUAACUUUUUGCCCUUAGUUCACCAUAUUUCAGCAGGUACUGAAUUGCUUAAUUGCUCUCUUGCCUCUGCCUUUGAUGUACUACUGUCCAAUAAAACCAUUCCUCUCUAUUUUUGGUCACAAGCUCUGGUAAAGCCAGUAACCCCUCUCUUACAUACAAGGGACACAGGCUUGCUAAGAUACGGCACACCUGAACUGCAUGAAAUAAUAUUGGGUCCUGCUGUCAUCUGCCAAAGCUGCUAACUACUCCAGAAACAUCCUGGAAUAUAAAGAAAACUCCUGCUUCAUUUCUCCCGGAAAUAGUUUUCUUCACCCUUGUCCCCUUCACCCUAACCUCCAACAAUAAAUGCAAGGACUGUUGUGGCUAAAAUUGAGGCCAUCUAAUCAGCUGCCUCUUGCAUGUCUCUUCCUUCUGCUAGCCCAUGGGUAAAACAUCAAGUAAAGUUUCUCUGUGCCUCAGCCUGAACUCUCUUCAUUCUUUCCAAUGUCCUUUCUAAGCUUAUCUUGUCCAUGAAAUCCACUUUCUGCUGCAGUGCUUACCAAAUGCUUUCACUGUGACCUCAAUUUUGAGUUUGAAAAUUGUCACAGUCCUUCAGUGAGAACCGAGAGCAUGGGGUCUGGAAAGUGGAAGCGUGGCUAUUGUAACUUGGUCUGAACUGCUUGGGAGCCAUUACUAGCUUGGCUCUCGUGACCCUAAAAUUUGAACCCACCACCACUCCUGAGGGGCUGAUCCUGGUCUGAUGUUAGCCCAUAUUGUUAAUGGUUCUCUCUCUUUAAUUAUGUUGUUACCCUCACUGCUUAGCAACUUACUCUUGACUGCAAUGUCUUGAAUCCCUUCGCUCAUGUUUCUACCUCUGCCACAACAUCAAAAUGUCAAAGUCAUAAACUGCACCUUACAUCACUGUGACAAAAUUUCUGCCUCCUCUGCUACCUUUGACAUAAUUGACAAUUCUCCUCGAAUACCUCUUCAUUGUCAUCUUCCUGUUUUCAAUUGGUUUGAGGCUUAGCUAUUGAAUCAUAGCCAAAGUAUCCAUUGCAAUGGUUUCCCCUUUUUAAAAAUAACUUCUUAAAACGUGUAUCUGAUAACCUAUUUACUCAUUUGAUUGACUGUCUCCCUGUAUGUGUCCAAUCCAUUUUAUAUUUUUAUGUAUCUGAGUGGUGUCUUGAAAUAUUUUAAGGGAAGGGUAUAAUAUAACUUCAAGUUGUUGACUACUUGUUUGAUAAAAA